AUGCGCUCUGCAGCCUUGGUUAUGAGAAGUGUGCUUGGAAAUUGGCCGUUCUGGAUCCUUUGGACAUGUAUUUCCCUGCUCCUUCUCGGUCUCGCCGGAGCUGUCGUGUUCAUCUACUGGGUUGUCCAAAAGCUGUUUCAAUCUUGGCGUUCGAGAGGCGGCUAUCAGGUCGAGCGACCGGAUGUCAUCUUGCUCGUUGACGAAACGAACGUGGAAUCCUGGAAGAAACUUGCCGAGAAAAUCCACUUAUCACAAUGUUUCAAAUUCGACGUGCGGACAGCUUUGGAUCGGCAGGCAAGGGGAAAUCAAAUUCCGAUCUUGUCCGUCGACUGCGCCAAAGUCACAAAUGACAACCUUGAGAUUGCUGGUCGAUGGGUUCAGAUUGAGGAAGGCAUGUCGACGGCUGGAACUCAGGUCUGA